CCUGACGUCACAGGUCGGUACUUUUGGUAAACAGAGUUCAUCUUUUAGUAAGCAUGUGCGGCUCGUAUCCAAAGCUGGGCCAGACUUUGGUCCUUUUAGGCUCUCCCGUUGGAUCUCUGACAUGAAGGAAAUGCUGUCCUUCAGGGAUGUGGCCAUUGAUUUCUCUCCAGAAGAGAGGGAAUGUCUGGAGCCUGUUCAGUGGGAUCUGUACAGGGAUGUGAUGCUGGAGAAUUACGGCAACCUUGUGUCUCUGGGUCUUGCUGUCGCUAAGCCUUACUUGGUAACAUUUCUGGAGCAAAACCAAGGGUCUUCGGGUGUGAAGAGACAAGCAGCAGCCGCCAGUCCUCCAGGAACAACAGGCAGUGAAUUUAACAAUCACAGCGAGGCCAUUGAUCACAACUCUCUAAGUAUUCAAUGCCAGAGAAUUCAUACAGGAGAGGAACCCUACUACUUUGAAGAUUGUGGUAAGGCCCUUAGUUCUCACACAACACUUUCUAUACGCCAGAGACGUUACAUUGGAGACAAACCCUACAAGUGUAAAGAAUGUCACAAAACCCUUAGCAGUCGCUCAUCACUUUUAAUACACCAGAAAUAUCAUACUGACGAGAAAACUUACAAGUGUGAAAAAUGUGGCAAAGGGUUUUUCCGUUCCUCAGAUCUUCAGCAUCAUCAAAAGAUUCAUACUGGCGACAAACCAUACAAAUGUGAAGAGUGUCACAAGGCCUUUCUGCAUCACUCCUAUCUCAGGAAGCACCAGGCGGUUCACACUGGAGAGAAACCCUACAAGUGUGAGGAGUGUGGAAAUUCAUUUUACUAUCCUGCAAUGCUGAAGCAGCAUCAAAGAAUUCAUUCUGGAGAGAAACCUGACAAGUGUGAAGAGUGUGGAAAAGUAUUUUCCUCUGCUUUCUUCCUGAACCAGCAUAAAGGAAUUGAUUCUGGAGAGAAAAGGUACAAGUGUCUAGAAUGUGGCAAAUCCUUCUGCUAUCGUUCAUAUCUUAGGGAACAUUCCAGAAUGCAUUCUGGAGAGUAUCCCUACAAGUGUGAAGAGUGUGGCAAAGGGUUUUCCCGUUCUUCAAAGCUUCAGGAACACCAAACAAUUCACACUGGAGUUAAACCAUACAAGUGUGAAGAGUGUGGGAAAUGUUUUUCCUCUUUUACAUCCCUUAAGAGACAUCAAAUCAUCCAUUCUGAAGACACUCCCCAUGAGUGCAUAGAAUGUGGCAAAAGGUUUUCUAGUUCCUCCCGCCUUCAGGAACAUCAAAAAAUUCAUACUGAAGAGAAACCGUACAAAUGUGAAGAAUGUCACAAGGCCUUUCUUUACCACUCGUUUCUUAGGAGACACAAAGCAGUUCAUACUAGAGAGAAACCCUACACGUGUGAGGAGUGUGGGAAAUGUUUUUCUUCCUUUACAUCCCUUAAAAGACACAAAAUCCAUUCCAUUGACACUUCCCAUGAGCGUGUAUAAUGUAGCAAAAGAUUUUCUAGUUCUUAUCUACAGGAGCAUCUAGAAAUUCAUACUAGACAGAAGCCAUACACAUAUGAAGACUGUCACUCCUUUCUUAGGAGACACAGGAAGUUCACACCGGAGAGAAACAUGUGUGAAGAGUGGGUGAAAUCAUUUCCUCUUUUUCAGCCCUUCGAAGACAGCACAUAAUUCAUUGGGAAGGCACAAGUGUGUGGAAUGUUUAAAGCCUUUUGUAUACUGUCUACCCUUGAGAAACACAAGUUUGUUCAUUUUGGAGAGGAAGUGACCAAUGUGGGAAAGCCUUGUCUUCUAAUAGUUCCUUGUUUCAGCACAAGUUAAGUCCACUGGGGUGAAAUCUUACUAGUUUGAAGAAUAUACCAAAAUAAUUUACCCUAAUUUUCAACUGAAGAAACAUAAAAAAAAAAAAUUCAAUGUCAAGAGAAACCAUAUAACUGUGGUCAAUGGGGAGGAGGGAAGCCUUUUCCAUUGACUAUUAUCUGAUUCAGUAUAAAAUGGUUCAUACUGGAGAGAAACACCAAAAUUUGAAGAGUGCAGCAAAAUGUUUUACUCUAUGUUAGAGCUUACAUUCCAAAAUAUUCAUACUGUAGAAAAACCAUACAAGUGUGAACAGUGUCUCAUUGCAUGACCUUAUCUUUGUAUACCUACUCAAUUAUUUUGAAAUUUUAAAUAUCUAAUAUCCACCAGCAAAAUGCUGAGAAUGUGAUCAGAGGACAUUAGAGACAUAUCUUUGAUAUAAUCUCCCACCAUUCUAAAAACCAGUUUGAUUGAUAAAUUUCUUUCUUCUCUGACUAUCAGCAUACCAUUAAACUAUUACCAUGCUGUUACAUUGUGGUUUAGGUUACCUGAAUCUGAGUAUUGGGCCAUGGCGUGGUUACUGUUGGUUUUUUUUUUUUGCCGGGGGGGGGGG